AUGAGAAGUGACAACCAGAGCUCUUUUGGAGACCCCCCUAAAGACUUCAUCCUUCUGGGUAUUUCUGACAAGCCAUGGCUAGAGUUCCCUCUCUUUAUGGUCCUUCUAGUGUCCUACAUUCUGGCCAUGUUGGGAAACAUUUCUAUCAUCCUGGUGUCCUGGCUGGAUCCCCAACUCCAGAGCCCUAUGUACAUCUUCCUUAGCCACCUGUCCUUCCUGGACCUCUGCUAUACCACCACCACUAUCCCUCAGAUGCUGGUCAACAUGGGAAGCUCCAAGAAGACCAUCAGCUAUGGUGGCUGCACAGUGCAGUAUGCAAUUUUCCACUGGUUGGGAUGUACUGAAUGCAUUGUCUUGGCUGCUAUGGCCCUGGACCGCUAUGUGGCCAUCUGGGAGCCCCUGCGGUAUGCCACUAUCAUGCACCGCCCUCUCUGCAAGCAGCUGGUAGCUGUGGCCUGGCUCAGUGGCUUUGGUAACGCCCUUGUGCAAGUAGUGCUGACAGUACAAUUGCCUUUCUGUGGGCAACAAGUGCUGAACAACUUCUUCUGUGAGGUGCCAGCCAUGAUCAAGCUGUCAUGUGCUGACACCGCUGUGAAUGAUACCACGCUGGCUGUGCUGGUGGCCUUCUUUGUGGUUGUUCCCCUAGCUUUCAUCCUUCUCUCCUAUGGCUUAAUUGUUCAUGCCGUGCUCAGGAUCCAGUCCUCCAAAGGAAGGCACAAGGCAUUUGGGACUUGUUCUUCCCACCUGGUGGUGGUCUCCCUCUUCUACCUACCUGCCAUCUACAUGUACCUGCAGCCCCCUUCCAGCUAUUCCCAAGAGCAAGGCAAGUUUAUCUCCCUCUUCUAUUCCAUAAUUACCCCCACACUGAAUCCCUUCAUCUACACCCUGAGGAAUAAAGAUGUCACGGGAGCUCUUGGAAGGCUCCUGGGAAGGAUCUGUAGGCUCUGCAGAAGGUGA